UUUAUCAACAUCUGCUGAAUCGGCACGAGCACGACCUCAGGGAAGCUUGAUAUAUAAGAUUCACCUCUACAGAACUUUGCUCAAUUGUGUUUUCACAGCCAUAGUGAAGCAGCAGCGCGGGACGUGCUGCACGAGCGCAUUAAGUCGUUACGGAAUCGAAAACACAGGAACUAGUGUGCUUACAUCAGCCGGCAGACACUGAAGUCCUCGUUCGGCCGUGAUUCAGCACAGUGUCUGUGCACAUCUGAUCGAAAGCGCGCGCCUACUCUGUUGAAAUGCUGGACUUUUAAAAUAUGUUAAUAGACUAGGAAGUUUGCGAAUACAACAGACUUUAUUUAGUACUGACACAUACGAUGAUCGCAGGUUUGCUUGCACUCGGGGGAAGAGCGUGUCAUUAGAGUAGGAUCUGUGGGUGGAUCAGCUGAUGAUAAGUUAUACGUGUUAAAGUGCAAGUACCUUACUCUUCACUACCUCAAGAGCUGGACUUUAUCACAGUCUGAUAUGAGAGGUGCCCAGGAUCGCAGAGGACCAAGUCACCCGUCUCAUAUUACUUUAUUUAUUUAUUUUUUCUCAAAAGCCAUAAUUUGAGUUUCUUUUUGCACCUAAGAUGUCCUGCUUGUUUCUAGGAGUACUAAGGAGGCGAAAUGCCUUCAGUACAGCUUCAGUGGGGGCCCGGUCCCUCGCCUCCAUCCCCUCUCUACCUCCAUCUGUGGCUGAGUUUGUUUCAGGGGCCGCGGCUGAGUGUAAACCUGCUAAAGUGCACGUGGUCACAGGCACACCAGGGGAGACGGCAGAUAUCCUGGCCAACCUGGAGAAAGAUGGCAUGGUGAAAAAACUCACCAAAUAUGAAAACUGCUGGCUGGCACGAACUGACCCUAAAGAUGUGGCUCGUGUGGAGAGUAAGACAGUGAUCGUGACUAAGAAUCAGAGAGACACUAUCCCCAUCCCCACUGGAGGCGCUAAGUCCCAGCUGGGCAGCUGGAUGAGUGAAGGAGACUUCCAGAAGGCCCGAGAGGAUCGCUUUCCUGGCUGCAUGGCAGGACGUACAAUGUAUGUGAUCCCCUUCAGUAUGGGCCCGGUGAACUCUAGUCUUGCUAAGUUUGGUGUUCAGGUGACAGAUUCUCCAUAUGUGGUGGCUAGCAUGGGUAUCAUGACACGCAUGGGAACUCCAGUCCUGGAGAAACUGGCAGAGGGAGCAGAGUUUGUGCGUUGCCAACACUCUGUGGGCAGACCUCUACCACUCAAAGCUCCUUUAGUAAACAGCUGGCCUUGUAAUCCAGAGAAAGUAUUGAUCUCACAUCUCCCAGACACCAGACAGAUCCUGUCCUUUGGAAGCGGUUAUGGUGGAAACUCACUGCUCGGAAAGAAGUGCUUUGCUCUUCGUAUUGCCUCUCGUAUUGCCAAAGAUGAGGGCUGGUUGGCUGAACACAUGCUGAUUCUUGGAAUUACGAAUCCUCAGGGAGUGAAGCGCUACAUUGCAGCAGCUUUUCCCAGUGCUUGUGGAAAAACCAACCUGGCCAUGAUGAAGCCGACAAUGCCAGGCUGGAAAGUUGAGUGUGUGGGCGAUGACAUUGCCUGGAUGAAAUUUGACAGUCAGGGUAAGCUUAGAGCUAUAAACCCAGAGAAUGGUUUCUUUGGAGUUGCCCCCGGGACGUCCCUAAAGACCAACCCUCAUGCCAUGGCAACCAUCUCCAGGAACACAGUGUUCACUAAUGUGGGAGAGACCAGUGAUGGGGGCGUAUGGUGGGAGGGUCUGAAACCACCUGCACCUGGGAUCAAGCUGACCGACUGGCAUGGAAAAUCCUGGAAGUACGGUGAUUCUACACUGUGUGCCCAUCCGAACUCCAGGUUUUGCGCCCCAGCUGGCCAGUGCCCCAUUAUAGACCCAUGCUGGGAGGGUGAUGAGGGUGUCCCAAUCGAUGCCAUCAUAUUUGGUGGUAGAAGACCUGAGGGUGUGCCUCUGGUGUACGAGUCAUUUAACUGGCGUCAUGGUGUGUUUGUUGGCGCUUCCAUGAGAUCUGAAUCUACAGCUGCUGCUGAACAUAAAGGUAAAGUUAUAAUGCAUGACCCCUUUGCCAUGCGUCCUUUCUUCGGCUACAACUUUGGCGACUACCUGGCCCACUGGUUGAGUAUGGAGACACGGAAAGCACCGACCCAGCUCCCUAAGAUCUUCCACGUUAACUGGUUCCGAAAAGAUCCGAAGACCGGUUCCUUCCUGUGGCCAGGGUUUGGAGAGAACGCUCGCGUCCUCGAGUGGAUCUUCAAGCGAUGUGGCCGAACCAGCGAAGAUGAGGCUGCCUCCAAGAGCAUUAUUGGUUGGAUUCCACAAAAUGGUGCCAUACACACAGAAGGCCUGGAUGGGAAUAUAGAUAUGGGUGCCCUCUUUGACCUGCCCAAACCCUUCUGGCAGAAAGAAACACAGGAGCUCAGAACCUACUUCACCCAGCAGGUUGGGGCUGAUCUACCUGCACAGGUGGAGGGAGAGCUGAGAGCGCUGGAGGAGAGAGUGAGGGAUUAAAUUGAGACUAUAUUACAUUACAUUUAUGCUGAGUAAACAUAAGGUAUAGAAAUGGGCUGAGGUGGAGCUAACUGUGUUAUUGUGAAUGACUGUUGCACUGCAGUGAACACUGCACUGGAGAAAGCCACAAAGUGUAUAUCACUAUCAGUGAUAUCAAUACAAAAGUGCCUUAUUAUAUUUUACAAUAGAAGAUAAAAAAAUCUAUUUAAUGUUUACAAGUUGUCUGCCAAAAUGUAUAUUUUUACAACUUUAUGAAUUUACAAGAUACAUACAUAGCAAAUCCUUCUGGCAAAAAAAUGCAGCAUAUGAGUACACUAUGUAAUAUUUAAAGGGAUAGUUCAACCAAUAUGAAAAAAACAAAACAAUAAAAUAUAAAAAUGCUGCCAUCAUUUACUCAGUUUCAUAUUGUUCCAACCCCUCUCUUUCUUCUGUGGAACACAAAAUGAGGUGUUUUGCAGAAUGUUAUGGACUGACACACUCAGUCACCAUUCACUUUCAUUUUAGGAAAAAAUAGUUUUGAGCAAAAUUAUCAGACAUGUCUUUAAAGAAAGCACCAAUACCACAUGUGUUUUUUAAAUGUUUGCUGGUGACUUAAUGAAAGCUGAUUUUUUUAAAUUUAUAAUUUCCUAAACAAAAUGGCCUUUUAUCAUUGGAAUGAUUGACAAUCUUACACUUGAACCAAUGUUGAGGGAUCUGGACCAAAGAGUACUGAUGAGUCUCAGUCACUGAAUGUACUGUAUGUUGUUACUUGAGCUGACUGAAUUAAAAAAUAAUUCUAAA